CUAAUAAUUCGUCCGGAUCUAACGGUCUCCGCUCGGGAAAGAUAUAAGAUUGUCCCACACCUACCGCCCUUCGUAUUUACUGAUAUUUCCCUUCAUUGUCUUUGCAGUAUAGCUUGCCUUCCACAAUUUCAAUUUCUUGGACCUUUACCAAAAAUGGUUUCUGGGAAUCGAUUGAGAAAUGUUGCUAUCGUUGGCGCGGGAGGCAAUAGCGGCCGAGGCAUAACAGAAUAUCUGCUCAAAACCGGCAAGCAUAUUGUCUCCGCUAUAACCAGACUGGACAGCACCACCCCGCUUCCGAAAGGUGUGAAGGUCACAAAGGUUGACUAUAACAAUCAUCAAUCCCUCGUCGACGGUUUUCAGGGCCAAGAUGUCCUCGUUAUCACCCUUCAUCAAUUUGUGACGCCAGAUAUCCAGUCCAAACUCAUCAAGGCCGCGGGUGAUGCCGGGGUACCAUGGGUUCUUCCAAACGAGUGGAGUCCAGACACUGCCAACGAAGACCUAAGCAGGGACGUCUCAGUAUUCCGCUCCAAGCGAGAGGCCGCUGAGGAAAUUGCCAAAUUGGGCAAAAGCUCUUACAUCGCUAUUAACACUGGCUUCUGGUACGAAAUGUGCCUUGCUAACCCUCUUGCCUUUGGCUUCGACUUUGAGAAACAGUCUGUCUCUUUCUAUGAUGAUGGCGAGACUUUGGUCAGCAUGAGCACCUUCGCCCAAGUUGGCCGUGCUGUCGCUGCUCUGUUGAGUCUUCCGGUCCAGCCAGAAGGAGAUGAGACGCGCUGCUUAGAGCACUUCAGAAACCGGAACGUGUACGUUUCGUCUUUCACGAUCAGCCAGAAGGAUAUCCUUGGAUCUGUCUUGCGCGUCACUGGAACAAAUACACCGGACUGGACGGUCACCAAGGUGUCUUCGGGAGAGCGUUAUCAGACAGGUCUCGACGAAAUGCGAGGGGGAAAUAUGGCUGGAUUUCCGAAAAUGAUGUUCUCCAGAGUGUUCUAUCCUGACGACUCCGGGAACUAUGAGAAGAUCAGAGGCACGAGCAAUCAGCUUCUUAGAUUGCCAAAGGAGAGCCUGGAUGAGGCUACGGAAACUGUUAUCAAAUUGAUAAAGGCAGUGAAAUAGGGCUGAGUCCUCCAGUAGAGAGCACCACCGUGAUGCGACAUAAGUUAUAUAAUAAAUCACUAUUUAUUAGCAUUCUUGAAUAAAAUCAGCUCUAGCAGAAACCCUUAUCACAGAGUGGCACACCAAAUAAUACAUACCUUCCAAAUGAUCUCUUUACUAUACUACCCUCUACCUCCUUACCUAGGACCUUAUUACGCCUUAAUUCAUAUAUAC